AUCAAGAAUCAUUUGAAGAAUUGAUAAUGUUUCUCACAAGAUCAGAGUACGACAGGUUAGUGUAUUUCCUUAAUUACGUCGAAAAUGGCCACAGGAUUGUUUGAGGGAAAAUUAAAUUUUAUGUAGAGAUCUACAGACGAAGGUGUCUGAGAUACUUAAUUGGCUAGGUGUCUUAGAGUAUAUGGUUCGAAUCUUUAAAUUAAAGCUUGAUCGUAUUUGGAUGCGAUCGUUCGUGUGAGAGUAAUCCUGAAAAGAUGUAUUCUUGAUUUCAACGAUUGGUGUUUCACCAAAGUGAGCAGAAGUCUGCAUGUGAAUCCACCGGUGUUCUGGAAAAGUACAAUGUACGUGUUGGUCACUCUAACAGCAAGAGUACUUUACAUGACUGACGCUACUCAGAAAAUAUUAUUGUAGACUGUUUCACAUUUGUAUUUUUUAAGCUAAACAUGGUUUGGGGAAUGGUAUCAAGGAAAAACGAUGGGUUUCACAAAAGUCUCAUCUGAUCUUGUAAUCAUGUCAGCUGUUGCAUUGCAAUCUUUGGGAUAAGUGUAGAACUCUUGCAUUCUUUUAAAAGUUCACAAGUUCUAAGAAAUUUUUACUUGUUUCUAAGGGUAUAGAGGUAGAAUAGCUAGGAAUUAUUCAUUGUUAGUGACAAAAGUCUUAGUAUAAUUGUUGCUAUUUGAAAAUUUAGCUGAUGUAUUGCAAUAACAGAAGAAAAAGAGUGACUGAAACCCUAACACUGCACUUUCCUGUAAUUCAUUGUACCUUUUAACACCUUGAAUGAAGGGCUCAUAAUUAUGAGUAGAUAAGUCUCAAUCUCUGACUUUUCAAAUAUUGGUCUGCCUCUUGAAGAAUCUGAGAUUUUACCAUUUGCCAGCUCAUAUAUGCAAAGGGGUAAGAGGCAAUAAAUACUGUUAAUGUAAAUAUUUUUUUUAGAGGUGUCAACACCUUUUCACCAGAGGGUCGUCUCUUUCAAGUGGAAUAUGCAAUAGAAGCCAUAAAAGUAAGCCAUGACCUUUUUACACCCAGAUAUCAGUAUCCAUAUUCUCCAUGCUGUUCUCUAUACAUUUCUUUGGGUGUUGACAAGGAGAAUUUGUUUAACUAUCAAUAAGCUCUUUACCUGGAAAUCAUCAAUUCUAUUUUUAUCAACUUAAUGUUUGAUUUAGUAGAGAUUCUGUAUGGAGAAAUUAGAUGUUAUUUACUCUUAGGGGUUGAAAGAUUAAUUCUGUCUGUCAGCCUGUCUGUCUGUCUAACUGAUUGACUGUAUGUCUACAAGCCAACCAGCUGAUCAUUCAAAUUUUCUCAAUUUUGUCUGUUAAAUCUGUCAAUAGAAAGCUUAAAGCUUUUCUUUUUUAAUAUACAGCUUGGAUCAACUGCUAUUGGCAUACAGACAUCAGAGGGUGUUGUGCUUGCUGUGGAAAAACGGAUCACCUCCCCACUAAUGGAACCAACCAGUGUUGAAAAAAUUGUGGAAAUUGACAGUCAUAUAGGUAAUUAAAAUUAGAUUCACAGCAUCUGCUACAAUGUUCAGAGAAUAAAAAUUCAGUUCACGUGUAUUUUUAUUCAGAAGCCUUACGCUAUCUUUUUCCAGUAUGGUAAUGAAAUAUGAAUGUAAGUCUAUCAUUCUAAAUAUCCCAGUCAGCUAGACAGAUUUCUCCUGCUACCAAUAAGUAUAGGCAACAACAUGAUUUCGAGUACAAUUCGGUGUUAAUAAGCACAAGUACAUUUUUUCAAAGACAACAGAAUUGCAGAAGCCAGUAGGGCAAGUGUAAUUUGUAGUCUUUGAAAGAUUUACAAGUGCCUAUUUACACCAAGUUGGACUCAAAAUCAUGUUGUUACUUGUUAAUAAUUUACUUGAAAAACACAUCCCAAAAAGUCAAAAAGUAUAAAGUUUUGGCAGCGUGUGGAUGCUUAGUGUGCACACGCUGCCAAAAUUUUACAAUCCUUUACACCUCAAGAUUAUUUGUACUUGUGUUAUAACUUUGCGCAUGUGUUACAUGAAAAACGCAUUUGUUUAUAGUCAAUCUGGCGCAUAUAAUUUUUUCAUGUGUAUUAUUAAGUUUGAUUAUUUGAUGCAGGCAAAUGAUUGACGCUGAUAUGCUGCAUGACCUGUUAUGUCUUAACUGCACACUGCAAACUUGUGGGAGAGGGCCAAAACUUUGUUCUGCUGCUAGAUAGGAUGGAAUAUUGUAAAAAGAGUUUUUGUUAAAUGAUUUUUCUCCCAUUUUUCUUCAUUUUGGAUAUAACAUACAUAUCUACUUCUGUCUUCAUUCUUAGGUUGUGCUAUGAGUGGGCUAAUUGCUGAUUCCAGAACAAUGGUGGACAAAGCAAGAGUGGAAGCACAGGUAAACUGAGUCAUUUGGGGAAAGGUUUUGUUAUAGAAAGACAUAAAAUUUGAGAUUGGUGAUUGAUAUGUGCAAUUAGGACUUCACAAUAUAAUUAGGAUGAUUAUACAUUAUUUUGAAAAAGGCUUCUUGAUAAGUAUUCAGCAUAGAAUGAUGUAGUGGCUUGAAAUAAUGAAUUACAUGUAGAUUCAGGAAAAAAAAAAGGAGGCACAAGUUUAUCAUUAUAUGGGUGGCCGCCAUCCCUAAUUCAAGAUGAGAAAGGGUCCUGUUUCAGUAACCUUGCCCUGAAGAUAAGAGUGCCAACCUUGCCUGCAUAAAGUACUGAACAGUAUGUUAAGCUUAUCUGAAGUAUUGGUUCCUACAGAGUAUCUGUAAAAUUGUCUUAUUUCAUGGCCUUCAAACCUAUAAGUUACAGAAAUAAAGCAUAUUGUUUGGUUGUUAAAGGCAAAUAGAUUUCCCUUAUAUAUGAAUUACCUUGUGUGCUCACUUGUGUGCUAGGAAAGCCCCUUUUAGUAAUUUUCCCUAUGAUUACAUGUGAAUGCUGUUGUUGUUGUUUUUUUUGUAAUAAUUGUAGAAUCACUGGUUCACAUACAAUGAGAAGAUGAGUGUGGAAAGUGUCACGCAAGCUGUAUCAAACCUUGCACUUGAGUUUGGAGAUGAUGAUGCCAGAGAAGGAGCAAUGGUAAGGAAGUCAAGUCACAAUUUUUAAAAUCAAAUCACUUUAUCAAGUGCCUUUAUAAGUGAGUGUAGCUCCAUGAUCAAUGAAGUGGUGUUUAUGGGGUCUUCCAACGAAACAAAUCUAUGAUAGGAAAUGCUUCUGUGGCUAGUAAUUAUUUUGUACAAGACAGUCAUUGCCUCUGUAAUAAGUAACUCUAGCAACAAAGCACUGACUUUUCUAAGCACAUCUUAUACCACCUCAGUUCAUGGUGGAUAAAGGGGUAGGGAAAGAUGAUGAUGAUGUGCGUCUGACUCUGUCUUCUCAUAAAAGUUCCAAUAAGACGUACAGUAAGAGAAAACUUCUGUUUUACAGGAUAAAGGCAAAGCCUGCACUGUUUUGAAGUACCUUGACCAUAAUAAAUAACACACUCUGCUCAAACUGUAUUUUGUGAUGCAUCUCCAUCCUCUGAAUUUUGCUAAAUUUCAUUUGGCUUGCAUAUGAAGUAAAAUUAAUUUUUUCUUUCUCCAGAGUCGUCCAUUUGGUGUAGCUUUGCUAUUUGGAGGAGUAGAUGCCAAAGGCCCUCAACUGUAAGAGUUUUAACCUUUUACACCUUAAUUUCAGUAUGAAUAUUCUCCAUACUGUUCUCUAUAAAUUUCCUUUUGUACUUUCAAGGAGAAUUUGUCAAACAAUCAAGAACUUCUUGAGUUUGUAAUAUUUUCCUUAAUUCUCAUAGCAUUAAUGUUUGACUCAGGUGUUAGGAGAAAUUAGAUUCUUAUCACUUAUAAGGGUGAAAGAGUUAAAACCUGAUUUGGUCAUUUCCUUAAUUGUCAACAACUGGUUAAUUUUUUCAGGGUACACACAUGCAUAAUUUCCAUCCUUUUUCAAAAUUUAUUAACUGCUAUGGAAUAUGAGAAGGAAAAUUCUGACAGAUUUACUUGAUUCAAUCGAUGCUCAAUGAUAAAGCAACAUGAGUACUAAUGGAGAGGCCAUAAAUUCAACUCAAGAAAGUUUCCAAGUAUUCUCUGGUCACUAAAUAAGGAAGUUCAUCCUUAAAAAAAUAAUUUUCCUUGUACUCUUCCCUCUUCCUUCUAUCAGUGGGGUGACACAGGCUAGUUAAAUUUUAAAAAUAAUUAUAACUAACCAUUAUAAUAAUUAUUAAUCUUUUUUUUUAGUUAUCACUUGGACCCCUCUGGGACAUUUUUCCAAUAUGAUGCAAAAGCCAUAGGUACAAACUUAAUAAAGGUUGAAGAUGUGUCAAUAAUAUUAUAUAAUGAACCAAAUUAUGCGCAUAUUUUGAUUGGUCCUUGCUUAUGGUUGGAAGACAAAUGUUUAAAUUAUUUUACCAUAAACAAAAUUUCGGGUUUUUUCACAUAAAACAAUUGAAAUGGAUUCUAUGUUGCCAUGGUUCUGUUGAGUUACAGAUCCCAUAGGACAUCAAAAUGUGGUAAGAACAGCAGUAACACACCUGUCUUCCCCUCAUGUGUCACUUUGGUGUUUUUAUCACAUUUUGAUGUCGUCUGUGAUCUCUUACUGAACAAAUAUGUACAUUUAGCAACAUGGAUUGUAUCUAAUAAAUCUAUCUUCCACUGGCUAAGAGUGAAUUGGAGAUUCUCUGAUAAUUUGGUGUAUCACCAGAUUUAUAACAGGGUAAUCUGGUAUUAUUGACUGAGUUGAUAAAAUUGGCCACCAUAAAGGGUUUCAAAGCUGAUGUUUCAAGAAUUAACCCAUUUAACCCUCAGAGUGAAUGGUGAAGAGCAUCUGACAAAGGGCUGGUGCUUGAAAUGUCAGCUUUGAAACUCUUUAUGGUGGCCAAUUUAUGUUAUCAACUCAGUUGAUAAUACCUAAUUACCCUGUUAUACUCUCCUGCUGAUGCAGCACCACAGUUUCUAUAGAAACUUACCCCCUUUAUCACCACACUUAGUUUUUCUCCUAAUCUGGGUUAUUUAAUUGCAGGUUCUGGGUCAGAAGGAGCACAACAAGCUCUAGAAGAAGUUUAUCACAAGGUAAAAAUUUUAAAAUGUCUCAACAGGAUGUAAAUUCUUUGAUUAAAACUGACAGUGGUUAUUAUCAAACUUGUUGUUGGUAUACUACUGGCUUUGCAUAACUAACUUGUAGAGAAGUAAAUUUUAAAAUUUCCUGGUUUGCUUUGUACAGUCUCAUAUGUUUCUUAUCUCCUGGUAUCUUGUUGUAGUCCAUGACACUGAGAGAAGCUUGUAAAUCAGCUCUAACAAUACUCAAACAAGUUAUGGAGGAAAAACUCAAUGCUACAAAUGUAGAGGUUAGAUAUUUUGAUGUUGUAAUGUAGAAAAUUUAAUUAGUGGGAAGUGGAAAGGAUUUGGUGAUUGAUUGAUUGUUUGAUAGGUUUCCUGAUUUCAAGAGUUAAUGUUUGAAUAAAUGAAUGGAAUAAUGGAUGGAUGAAUAAAUAAAUGAGAACAGGAAAGAGGAAAGUGGCUGGUGGACUGACUGACUGACUGGCUGACGUACUUUCCACACAAAAUAGCUUUACAAGGUCAUUGUGAUGAUUAGACUUGCACAGCUAACACUAAUUUGUUGUUUACAGCUUGGAACCUCGACACCAGACAGAAAAUUCCGGAUGUUCACUAAAGAGGAGAUUGAGACACUUGUACAAGAAAUAAAAUAACUGCAACUUCAAACCAAUGAAAAAUUACUUUGUUUAGGUCACCCAGUACUCUCUGGCACUUAGUGUUUGUUCAUAAUAAAGUGG